UGGCCGGGCUGCCGUAAAACCCGCGUCGAAGAAGUAAAAAGCGGAAGUUGGCAAAGACGACUUCGAUUGUCAGAAGAGAUCGUGAGAAUCGAGUUUAAAUCGCGUAAAACAUUCCAAAUGUUAGAUAAGUUGCCUUAAGAGCGACUGGUGAUGAAAUAUUGGCGCUGUUCAAAAGAACGACUUAGCGUCGGGGGAGGAGAAAGUUGGUCGAAGCAAAAAAGGAGAAGAAGGCUCGCCAUCGACAACCGGAAGCAAGUCAAACAUGUUCCACUUUGAAGACGUCCAGCAGAUAAUUGGUGGUCAAGAAGAAGGUCCCCCUCAGCCGCAGGGGAGGGUCUCCACUUUGAAGAUGGAGGAGCCGCAGCCCCCUUAUAUUAAAGAGGAGCUGGAGGAAGUCUGGAUCACUCGGGAGGAAAUGAACCUUCCAGGGCCAGACGAGGCUGAUCCCACCAAGUUUCCACUGACUGGUGUCCCUGUGAAGACUGAAGAACUUGGAGAGAAACCACCAGAGUCCUCACAGCUUCUUCACACUCCAAAUGAGGAGAACAGAGGGGCGGAGCCUUCAAGAUGCAGGGGAUAUGCUCGUAAAACUAUAAAUGUCCGGCCACUCGUUGAUUGUCGGGCGAGGAUCUCCAUUUUCAAGCAGGAGGAUCCACAUCCCCCCUUUAUUAAAGAAGAAGAAGAAGAUGAGGAAGAAGUCUGGAUCACUCAGGAUGGAGGGUAUCUUCUCUGGGGGCUCGAAGCCGACUUCACUAACUUGCCACUGACUGGUGUCUCUGUGAAGACUGAAGACGAUGAAAAGAAACCACCCGGGUCCUCACAGCUUCAUCACAGUCCAAGUGAGGCGAACAGAGGGGCGGAGCCUACAAGCUGCAGCUCAAUACGACACAUGGCGGCUGAAGCUGAGGGAGACCACUAUGGAGGAUCACAAGCAGACGCCCUCUUGGCUCCACUAUCAGAUAGUGAGGCAGAAGACGGGAACGACACCCAGGAGCCUUUGAGCAGCGGUACAGACAAAAUGAGGACUCACACCUACAACAAUCACUCUGACUGCUCUAAAAAGAAGACGGGCAAAAAAUGUUUGAUCUGCUCAUUUUGUGAUAAGAGCUUUGCUUAUCAGAGGGAUUUUGCUCGACACAUGACAAUACACACUGGGGAAAAACCAUUCAGUUGUUUGGAUUGCGGGCAAAAAUUCUCUCAGAAGUCCAACAUGGUAACACACAGGAUAACACACACGGGUGAGAAAGCUUUUAGUUGUUUGAUGUGCGAUAAGAAAUUCUUUAAAAGGGCAAACAUGACGGUGCACAUGAGAACACACACAGGGGAAAAACCUUUUCGCUGUUCGGUUUGCGGUCAAAGAUUUACUCAUAAGGUAAGAAUGGCAUCACACAUGACGUCGCACACGGGAGAAAAACCCUUUAGUUGUUCAGAUUGCGGAAAAAAAUUCUCGGAAAGAAGCAACGUGGCGAAACACAUGAAAACGCACACCGGAGAAAAACCUUUGAGUUGUUCCGUUUGUUGCAAACGAUUCUCCGAGAAGUCGCACAUGGCGUCGCACAUGAGGACGCACACCGGAGAAAAACCUUUAAGUUGCCCGGAUUGCGGGAAGAGAUUCGCUCAGACUUCCACUUUGGGGCGACACGUCAGAACGCACACGGGGGAAAAACCAUUUAGUUGCGUGGUCUGUGGUCAGAGAUUCACUCAGAAGUCACACAUGGUGUCACACGCGAGAACGCACACCGGCGAAAAACCUUUUAGUUGCUCAGUUUGCCAGCAAAGAUUCACUCAAAAGUCAAACAUGCUUUCGCACGUGAGAACACAUAACGGGGGGGAAACAAAGGUCAAAUAUGUUACGUGUUCAAUUGUCAAAUCAUAGAAGUGUAACAACAUACAAGGAGUCUUCUAGAAAGUCUGCUGUGAGUAUGAUGCAAGAUUUAGUGUGCUGCUACAAAAUACAACUUUGAUGAAGGACAACAUCGACUUUUUCUUUUGGACUGAAAAAGUGCACAGAAGAGAUCAUGAAAUUGUGUUUGUGUUGUGUCAAUCUUGUACAUGUGUCGUCUUGGUGAUGACUCCACCUGCUUUAUUAUAAAGUAUUGUUUUUUUAAUCUU